AUGCCCCCGCGGCGCCGGCCUCCUCGCCCUGGGGCGCUGACGGAGCUCCCACCGCUGAAAAUCGUCCGCAAGAUCUUCCUCCUCCAGCUGCUAUACUAUGUAUGCGCAACGGCGCUCGUUCUCUUCGCUACGGUCGUUGCCGGCUCGGUCUUUUCGCUCGAUUUGAUCUUCAGCUGGGACAGUCUGCGGGGCGAUACGACGGUGGGAUGGAUGUUGAGCCUAGUGUGGAUGUUGAAUAGUUUUAUUUGUGUCAUAUUUCUCCUUCUCAUAGUCUCGCGCUCAAAACUCGUGCCGGAUUUUGCCCUCACCAUACAUUUUAUCCACAUCCUCAUCGUCUUCUUCUACACCCACUCGAUCCCGAGAAACCUGCUCUGGUGGACUCUGCAAGCCGCGAGCGCCGCGCUCAUGACAUUUGUCGGAAUAUGGGUCUGCCAACGACGCGAAUUGCAACCGAUUGCCUUUGGCGCUCUUCUUGGAGGCGGCCUUGGAAGCAGCAGCAAUUCAGCUGAAGCUCGGACUGGCGAAAACGCGGAUUCAUCAGACCACCCAGAAAACACACAAGGAGACGAGGAUCUGGAAAGUGGACUAGCCAACUUCUCUCGAGGUCGCGGCCGAGGUCGCAAUCGGGACGAGUUUGAGAUGAUGCCGGUAAAGGAAACGGCCGAAACCAAUACGUGA